AUGGCACGAUGCAGAUGCAGUGGCAGGGCCUUGUGCCUCUGCCUACUUCCAUUUCUGAUGAUGAGCCACCUCUUGGUGUAUAUCAUGGUGACAAUAUUUGUUGCCAUGUCCUACUCACCUGAACCCCAGCUGCCUCUUCAUUUCAUUGCCCCCGGAGCCUCAGCAAACUCUGGAGCUCUCGCAUCCCAUCCACUUGGCCCCUUCUGGAGCCUUCAGUUAGUGAAGGGAUCUUUGUGGAACCGCCUUCAGCACCUCCAGGACAGAGAACACAAUCCCAUAUUAAGAGGUAACAGCACAAAAGGUCCAACCACUGAUGUUACUUACAUGAAUGAGGAUGGUAGUUCUUCUUUAUGCACGCCUGACCAUUCCUGGGCAUCUCAGCUUUCUGACUAUAACACCAUGCCGGAGCAGAUGCAAGACUUUGUCCUUUCUAUGCACUGCAGGAACUACACCCUACUGAUGGACCAACCUGACUUAUGCACUGGGCAGGACUCUGAGACAGAAGCACCUUUACUACUCAUGGCAAUAAAGUCUCAGGUAGGGCACUUUGAGGAAAGGCAGGCAAUCAGGGAGACGUGGGGCAAGUCUGGUUGGAUAAAGGGUGAAGAAAGGGAACAAAUGUGGCAAGUCCGCACUGUUUUCUUACUGGGAAGGCAAGACAUAAUGACAGGUCCCCAUCCGGACCUGGGAGCCCUUUUACAAAUGGAAAACAACCUUUCUAAGGAUGUCCUGCAGUGGGACUUUAAGGACACUUUUUUCAACCUUACCUUAAAGGAUAUUCUCUUUUGGAACUGGUUCUCAGUGCGCUGCCCACAUGCUCACUUUAUCUUUAAAGGUGAUGAUGAUGUUUUUGUUAGGCCUGGAGCUCUCAUAGACUACUUACAUGAACAUCUUUUUUCACUACAAGAGACAAAAAACAAAUUCAAGGAAAAAGAGGAUGUCCUUGUUGGAGAUGUCAUUGCUAACGCUUAUCCUCGCCGCCACACAGCAACCAAAUACUACAUACCUGAGAGUUUUUAUGAUGGUGUGUACCCAACAUAUGCAGGUGGAGGUGGAGUUGUUUACUCUGGUUCACUGGCCAGGCGUCUGCGAGUGGUCUCGCAGUGGGUUCGUAUGUUCCCCAUUGAUGAUGUGUACUUAGGAAUGUGUAUUCAAAGACUGGGUGUAUCCCCUACUCAUCAUUCUGGAUUUUUGACAUUUGAUCUACCAGAGGCCGAUAGGGAUAAGCCAUGUGCUUAUCGAAAAGUACUACUGGUGCAUAAGCGGAGCCCCAAAGAGAUGCUUACUCUGUGGGGGAAGCUAAAGUCUUCACUGCAGGGGUGCUAG